AGCUUUCCUUGUCUUUUCCUAUCUAUUCACACUCAUCAAACUAAUAUUUACUAAACGAUUUCUUCAUCUUCACUCACAACUUGAAGCUGUAACUGUAACCCACAUCUCAUCUACUUCAUCACCAUGAGCGAAACAUACACCACCGCCGAGGUCCAAAAGCACAAGGACGAGGCCAACGGCUUCUGGCUUAUUGUCGAGAAUGACGUUUACGACGUUACAAACUUUAUCGAUGAGCACCCCGGUGGCGCCAAGAUCCUCAAGCGUUGGUCUGGAAAGAAUGCCACCAAGGCUUUCUGGAAGUAUCACAACGAGGGCGUCCUGAAGAAGUAUGGCAAAGACCUCAAGAUUGGUGCUGUUGGCGAGAGCGCCAAGCUAUAAAGGCCAUCUCAACCGGCCUCUGCUUAUGACCCGGCUGUGAUGCUUUGUUUAUUUUGGCUAUAUUUAUUCUGAUUUAUUUGUACGGCAUGGCGUAUACCAUAUAUUGGAUGAGGAACUUGAUGGAUGGAUCUGGAACAGGUCGUAGGAGCAUCUUGACCUGGAACUUGUGAUGGGUGACUUGAUACACUUUCUAUAGACCGAU